UGGGGAUGGAUUACAUGUGUGACACGCGGGAAAGGGCGCUGUAAAUUAUUUGGAUAUUUGCUUAGCUCGCUAGCUUCUCAUGGCACGAAAUGCCGAUUUGCGGGCCUCGAAGCAUGAAAGGCCAGAAACGCAAAUCGAGCACCCCAGAACCACGGCCCAUGCGUUCUAAAGCCUUAAAGAGGGAUGAGACAACCUGUGCCCCCCAGAUCUCCAAUGGUGGUCCACUCUGCACUCUCUCUGUUAACAGACAUAUCUCCAUACCCACCCCAGCUAAGGGAAAGGGCUCUGGGAUGACGGUCCCAGAUGGGCUGUCACCAAGGAGGACACUCUCCCAGGUUCAAGCAGAAGCCUGUUGCUUCAGGCCAGCUUAUGAAUGGGGAGGAUUGUCAGCGAUCUCCCAGCCCCUUCGAGGCAGAGGAAGAGGACACAGGACUGGGCCUGGUAAUCACCUUAGAUGGAGAGGAUUGUGGGGGCCAGAGGCUGAUGACGAGGAAGAGCAGCUCAAAAAUGAAGAGCGCUUUAGACAAUGGGCAGGAUGAGGGACACUCCGUGGAUGGAAAAAGGUCGUCGGAAGAUUCAUCCAGUGACAGCGAGGAGGAUGAGUUUGAGCAGCUGGAUAUGGAUCUGGAGAGGAAGUCACAGCAACACAACUUGACCUCGGUCAAUGUCCGGACCAUUCUCCACGAGGUGAUAACCAACGAGCAUGUAGUGGCCAUGAUGAAAGCAGCCAUCCAGGAGACGCAGGACCUACCCCUAUUUGAGCCCAAGAUGACCCGCUCCAGACUGAAGGAGGUGGUAGAAAAGGGGGUGGGCAUCCCCACCUGGAAUAUUUCUCCUAUCAGAAGGGCCCUUGAAGUGAAGCCCCCUCAGUUUGUUGACAUCCCUCUGGAGGAGGAGGAGGACUCCUCUGAUGAAGAGUACUGCCCCGAUGAGGAUGAGGAGGAUGAGACUGCAGAGGAGACGUUUUGGAGCGACGUGGACAGCACAGCCUCGUCCCCACGAUGUGCCCGAGGGGCGCGGCCCAGGACCCCUGGACACUCUGAGUGUGAGGAGGACAGAUUUGACAGUCCCAGACAGAAGCCAAGGCAGCCCAGACAUCUGAGGGUGGAUACUGUUCCUAUGGGGCCCCCUCCGCCCCCGUCCUCCACUGGCCCCUCACGACCCCUAAGGGCCCAAGACUGUACCUUCCUGGAGAAGCUUCAUGCAGUGGAGGAAGAGCUGGAACUCAGCCCCAUCUGCACCGAACCCUUCCAGCCUCUGACUGGAGGUGCAGGGUCUAGCCUGGUGGCGUGUCGUACCCGCUCCAAACGGACCCUGAGGAACGUGCCCCUGGGCAAGCUGGAGGCGGAGCUACAUGCCCCUGACAUCACGCCUGACAUGUACGACUACAGCUUGGCCCUGGAGGACCGCGACUGGAGCGAGUGGCUGCAGGGCCUCAUGACAUCCGACAUGGAGAAUGAAGAAGAGGGUGAUGAUGAUGAUGACCCAGAGUAUAAUUUCCUGGAGGAUCUGGAUGAGCCUGACCGAGAGGACUACAGGAACGACCGGGCUGUACGCAUCACCAAAAAGGAAGUGAACGAGCUAUUGGAGGAGCUUUUCGAGACGUUCCAGGAUGAUGAGCUAAUAGUGAAUGGGCAGGAUGACGAUGGGCAAGAAGAAGAUGAAGAGAGGGAGAAAGCAGCUCCACCCCCGAGCGCUCCUCAAUUCAACGUUCCACAAGCUAUUCGGUUUCAGGAGCCACUGGCUAACAUGCUAACAGAGAGGCGGCGUACUGUGAGGGAGCAGAUGGAGGCUCUGCAGCAGCGGAGAGCCCUCCAGGAGACCUCUGGCCGUUCCACCCCCGUCGUCACGGGAUCACCCCCCAUGGUGCUGCUGCCACCUCUGCCCUGCCCCGCCCUCAUGCUCGACCACACCCAGAAACUACAGCUGCAGCAGCAAGUCCAACAGCACAUCCAGCUGCUGACCCAGGUACACCUGCUGUGCAGCCCUGUGGAGGCCCUGCACCACAAGGCCCACACCACCAAACAAUACCUGGAGGAGCUCCAGUCGUUUGCCCAGCGUGAGGAGGCGAUCAGGUCAGUCCGGGACCCAGGCUUCAGCAGCAUCUUCAGGGCCUGUAACCUCCAGGGGGCACUGUCUCUGGUCCAGGAGCAGGAGAGCUCUGUCUCACAAUCUGCUCCUUCUCCUCCAACCCCCCCAGCCAGGCCUCAAACACACUCUAACAAUGUGCGUACAUACCCUCUGCUGUCUGCUGAGACGGCCUGGCUGUUCGCCACCCGCUCCGUCUUCCUCUACCCAGAGCUCCUGCCCCACUGCAGCCUGGACCCCGCACUGCACCCCCCACGCGCCAAGAACAACUUCUACACACGCGGAGAGGACAGACUCAUUGUACUGGGGCUGAAGCACUUCAGCCAGACAGAGCUCCCCUACCAGCUCAUGUGUCGCUACCUCAUCCGUACCAAGAAGCAGGACCAGCUACGCUCCCGUGUCAAGGAGCUGUGUGGCCCCAAGGCAUCUGACAACACUAUCAAGUUGUACUGUCAGCACAACAUAGUUCCUGCCAUGCAGGAGACCUGUGGCAAGGUGAUGCCAGGGGAGGAGCGCCCCCCAGUGGAGAGAGAGAUGUCCGUCAUGCCCAACUGGCUACUGAAGAGUCUACCAUUCAUCCACAGGGUGGUGAUGGAGUAUAAUAAGCCAUCCAGAAUACCUCCGCCUCCUCCAGCACCCCCUUACACCUUCCCCAAUGGGACGCGAUAUCCCCCAUCUCUCCCUAGAAAUGUCACUCUGCGCCUACACCCCUGCAUGAACUACAAAGGCGAGCGCCCAGCCAGCGCCCCCAAACCUCGUCCCUUCUACGCUUUCACCCGUUCUGCCCCCCUUCCGCCCCUAGCCAAAGCCCCGCCAGAUACACUCCGCUUUCUGCCUCAUGUUCCUGGACCUAUCCCCUCGCAAGGGGUCAUCCUAUUGGCCAAGGCCCCCAGCACUCCAAUCCGAAGGGCCCUGCCAUUGUCCCAGGCUCCUGUCACUCCUGCCCAUAGAGCAGUGCCAUUGGUCCAGGUCUCACCCUCCAUCCCAAUGGGAGUCCCCCUCUUUGGUCAGGGUGUGGUCACAGCGUGUGUGAUGCAAACGAGGCCCAAUCAAACAGAGAAAAAAACACCCUACCGGGCUCCGCUUCGCAAUCUGCUGCCCAUCAAGCCAGCUACCCCAAAGCCAUCACCCCCAUCCCCCCUGUUUGCUCUUCCAGCAGAGAAUGGUGGUACUCCCUCAUUGGUCACUAACUCUGCCCGUCGUGCCUGUGCUGCUCCAAGAUUGGCCAAGCGGCCCUCACGCUCCACCCCUUCCCACCAGGACACUCAGGCUAAGACCAGAGCAGCUCUCGCCCGUACUCUGUCCAGGCCCCUCCUAGCUGCCCCACCCAGCUUGGAAGUUUCCCUGAACUAUCCCCCCACACCCCCUGGAUACUCUAUGAACCCCUCCCUGGACAAUCAGAACAGCGACUGGGGGCAACCAAUCCAUGCAGAGGUCAAAGAUGAACUCCAUGCCAUUAUGUCUCCGUCAAUCAUCCAGAGCCUCUCACCCCCUAAGAAUGACCAGUAUGUACUGGUACAAACUGCGGCCCAUGGUUCUACUCAAAUGCUUUGGGUGCCUAAAAACUGCCUGGUCUCAAACGGGUCCGUGUCAUCCACUGCUUCAGAGAAUGGGUUUCACCGGUCUGAAAGCCUUCCUUUUGGUCUGUCGCCUGCACCCCAACUCAAUAUUACUGGGUUAACGAAUGGCAUACCUUCCUGCCUCUCGCCACUCACCACUUUACCUAAUGGCACCCAGGGCUACCAGCAAGCACUGAGUGUCCGGUUGCCCAGCGACAGUGUUCUGACCAGCGGAGACGCUCCCGGGUCGAGUUUAGAGGAGCAGCUGCACCGAUUGGUGGAGGGAUUACGGGAAGAUGGGGAGAAGGAGGGAUGGGGGGAUGUGGAGGGUCCUCUCCUGACACUUUCUGAGUCGUCCUCUGGGAGCCCCUGCUCCAGCCUGGAAAGCCAUGCUGAUGCCCUGGAGAGAAUGAUGGUUGGUGAGAUGGAGGAAGGGGAGGAUGGAGGAGAGAAGGAUGGAGAGAAAGACGGGGAUGGAGAGCAGGAGAGGCAAGGGGAGGAGGAGGAAGAGGAGGACUUUGAUGACCUUACUCAGGAUGAAGAUGAAGAGGAAGUGAUGUCAUCAGCCUCAGAGGAGUCUGUUCUCUCAGUGCCCGAGCUGCAGGAGACCAUGAAGAAGCUGACAUGGCUGGCCUCAGAGGGGAGGCUUUGUGACUCUGAGGAGGACAACUCUCCAAACUCCCCCACCUCACCCAACUCCCCCGUCUCCCAGAACUCCCAGGAGGAGAACUCUGAGGAGGAGGAGGGGCCCACCAAGGGGGAGGAGCUUGAGUCUGGGGACGGCAGGGUCAGUAAGGUCCCUGGAGAGGAGGACGUGCCCCCUGGGGAGGGAACCCCCAGAGCCAGUGGGAAGGGAGCUGGACGCGGCAGAGGGCGAGGCAGGCCUCCUCCUCGCAGUCUGAGGCGUAGUCGUCGUCCAGAGCGAGACAGUAAGGACACGUCCAAGCUGCUGCUGCUCUAUGACGACCACAUUCUAGACAACGACCCACUCAGAGAGAGCAAGGACAUCGCCUUUGCACAGGCCUACCUCAACAGGGUGCGGGAAGCCCUUCAGGAUGUACCUGGUAAGGUGGAGGAGUUCUUGGGGCUGCUAUAUGAGUUUGAGCAGCUGGGUGAGGGGCGCAGCGCAGUGGAGCUCUUCGCCCAGCUCCGUCCUGUCCUGGGGGAAUGGCCAGACCUCCUCAGAGACUUUGCUGCCUUCCUCCUCCCGGAGCAGGCUUUGGAGUGUGGCCUGUUUGAGGAGCAGCAGGCAUUUGAGCGCAGUCGACGCUUCCUGAGGCAGCUGGAGAUUAGUUUUGGGGAAAACAUGUCUCACUACCAGAAAAUCGUACGUGCUCUGCAGGGGGGACCUGGCCUCAGUCCUGCCAGCAUAGAGGAGCUUAAAGCACAGAUGUCCUCCCUCCUGAAAGGCCACACCCACUUGCAAGGGGAAUUCUGGGUAUUCUUUGACGAGCUCCGCCCACCCUCAGCCCGUCCAGGGCAGUUUGAGGAGGCUUGUUGGCUGGAGGAGGCAGGGGGCGGAAUAGACGGAGGCGAGGGUGGGUUGGGGUCAGGGGGAGGGGCAAGUGGUGGUUUUGAAGAAGUGACCCUCCCUGAUCUAGAGGAAGAAGAGAUUCCACCAAUGACCAGUCGCAGCCGGAGGAGGAAGAUCGGUUCUCAUGGCAUCUACAAGGAAUGUGGUUGGCCAGAAAAGGACUGCUUCUGCCUCUGUCAUGGUGCCAGCCAUGAUGCCAAGCUUCGCAGACACAAGAGGAAAGGAUGCUCUCGCUGCCACGGCAACAAGGCCUCUGAUGGCGUCUCCAGGGCAAUGAAGAGCCUUGACCCCUUGUACCCCACGGCAACCAGCCCCACUGCUGACCUCCACACUGAGACAGGCAGGGAGGAGAGGGAGGAAGAGAGGGAAGACGAGAAAGAGGAGGAGAGGGAGGAAGAUAAAGAGGAGGAGCAAGAGGUGGACGCUGAAGUAAAAGAUGAAGUCGACAGUGGGGCCAACAGUCCACAUUCUGAAGAGCAAGGAGCCCCUUCAUGGGAGGGUCCUGGGAAGGCUCACUCCCCCUCCCUGAGGAGAGGAAGAGGAAGAGGAAUGGAAGCGAUGGGGAGAGAGAACACAGCCCCUCGCCAAAGAAGAGUAAGGGGGAUGGAGAAGGCUCGGGGGUGUCUAAAUGGCCCCCCAACACCCCUUAGCGGGGAGAUGGAGAACCCCCUGACCCCCCUGCAGCCUUGUCCCAGCCCCCCUUCCGAUCCCCCUGUGUGUGCUAAAAACAUCUCCCUCACUCCAGUGGGGAGAAAGGUCAUACUCUGGACAAGGGAGGCUGACCGUGUCAUUCUAACCACCUGUCAGCAGCAAGGUGCCAAUCGGAGUACUUUCCAGGCAAUUUCCACCCAACUUGGCAAUAAGACACCCAAUGAGGUGUCUCAGCGGUUUCGGGACCUGAUGUGCCUGUUCCACACCGCUGCCCGCCAGGUCAACUUAGAGGACGAAGCUGUGGCCACUGAACAGCAGAUAGUCACAGACGAGGAGCAGGACUGAACUGGACAGAACUAACCCAAAAAGGGCAGAACCAAGUUCAGACACUUCUACACAUGACUGCAGUAUAUUCAUACCACAUAAAAACUAUUCCACAAACCAGUUCAAGGCUGGGGAAAUCUGGAAGCAACAUUGAGGGGAUAUAAACGCUGUUAAUAAACUCAUAUCAGAAUCACCUGAGCCUUCACUGAGCUGAAGCAACAGUGGCCACUGUGAAACUGUACAUUACUAAUUCAUUGAAAGAAAUACAACCUUUGUCUAAAAGUUAUCACUCAAAUGCACUACUGAGGGACAAGGGAACAUAGUCUCUUAGUGUAGCAAAAGUUUAUAAAUACACAAUUCGGCAUGUCCAAGAAUGUACAUGUUUUGUAUACUUUUUUUCAAUUCCCUGAUUUGUGCAUGUAUGGCACAAUAUGGGAAAUAUGCACGGUAAUAAUACCUGUAUAAGAGUUUUAUAUUUGAUACAAAAUAAACGUAAUUUAUCCGUU